AGGAGGGCAAACUCGGAGAGGCGGGGCUCGGUGCCACGGGGCAGUAGAGACGGCCCGCGGUCCCCCAGCCCCCCACCCCGCAGCGAUCCGGGAUCCGAGCGCUGGCCCUGGCGUUCGGGCACUUUCUCGGCCAGAUGGCAGACCCCCGCCCAGAUCCUGAAUCAGAGCUCCAGUCUGUGUUCCCGCGGGAGGUCGGGCUCUUUGCCGACUCUUACUCGGAGAAGAGCCGGUUCUGCUUCUGUGGGCACGAGCUGAGUAUCACGGAGAACUUCGGGUCCUGCCUCGGGGUGGCAGGGCGCGUGUGGGACGCGGCUCUGAGCUUGUGCAACUAUUUCGAGAGACAAAAUGUGGAUUUCCGAGGCAAGAAAGUGAUCGAACUGGGCGCGGGCACGGGCAUCGCGGGUAUCUUGGCAGCGCUGCAGGGGGGGGAUGUUACCAUCACUGACCUGCCCCAGGCCCUAGAACAGAUCCAGGGCAACGUCCAGGCCAAUGUGCCAGCUGGAGGCCGGGCCCAGGUCCGCGCCUUGUCCUGGGGGAUUGACCAGCAUAUGUUCCCUGGAGACUAUGACCUGGUGCUGGGGGCUGAUAUCGUGUAUCUGGAGUCCACCUUCCCGCUGCUGCUGGGGACCCUCCAACACCUGUGCGGGCCCCACGGUACCAUCUAUCUGGCUUCCAAGAUGAGAGAGGAACACGGGACAGAGAGCUUCUUUCAGCACCUCCUGCCCCAGCAUUUCCAACUGGAGCUGGUCCAGCGGGAUGAGGAUGAGAAUGUCAACAUCUAUAGGGCCAGGCACAGGGAACCAAGGCCUGCCUGACGUCACCCUUCCAUUCCUCUGAACCCCUUCUUCUAAUGAAGGAACUGCCGUAUCUCCAAAGCCAUAAACAUAAGGAUCAAAAAGGAUGGAUUUCCCUUGCCUCAGUCUUUUCUCCUGCCCUCUUUGUUUCUCAAGAUACUCUUAGGCAGGUGCAGAGAGGAGCUGCUUGCUAGGAAUACGAGAGCCCUAGCUGUACUGGCUUAGAGUGCAGAGGAAGUUCCCAGUUCCUGUUCUCAGCGGAGGAAGGUGAGAUGAUAGCCAAGACUUUAAGGGGGGAAGGUAAAUGGGAUGUGAGAGCAGUGGCUGCAGAAAGAUGGUCACAGUCCCUUCUAGUUCUGCUAUUGUCUUUUUAUACAGAAUGGAUUUUUUCCCCCCAGAUUGUACUGGACUUUUUUUUUUUAAAGGGAAAGAAAUGAGCAUUAAAGAUCCCUUCUGCAUCCGAAGAACUCAGGCUUUUGCUGGGUGGCUGAAGCAAGAAACCUCAAGCCGCCAACCUCUUGCUCCUAGAGGUAGACUCUGGUGGGACCAUGCUCUAACUGGGUCAAGUCCUCCCAGCCCUGAAGUUGGGGAUAGACAGCAGAGCUGUCCUUUGAACAGUAGCUCCAUCAUCUUUUUUUGGAGUUGGAGCCCUGAUCACUAAGUACCAGGUUCUCCUCUUUGAUUUUUCUUUAAGUUUCCAAGCUCCACCAGUCCUUCCUUCCUAAUGUGUUUUGCCUUCACCUCUUUUCUCCUCCCACUGUGGGACCUCUGGAUAGGGCUCUCUUUACCUGCUCCUGAGCCACACAUCACCUCCUCUGGCCUCCUGGCCUCCAUUCACUACCCUUCAAACCAUUUUAUAAAUUCUUGUGAUCUUCCAAAAUCAGCUCUGAUUAGUUUCUGCUGCUGCCAAGAGAAGCAAGAAUAAGCUCUCCUGCUUAGUACUCAGUCUAUCCCAUGUGAUCCCAAAUUACCCUUCGACUUCAUUUCCUACUGGUUUCCUACAUGUAUUGCAACCUCUGGCCAAAUUACAAAAGGUCUACUCUUUGUUCCCUAAAUCCAGACCAAAAUUCCCUGACUUCUUCCUUCAUUCUUUUUGGUGAUUCCCUGCCUGGAAGUGCAAUUUCUACCUGUCAAAAUCUUUAUUACUCUUAGCCUCUUUCCUGAAAAAAAGCUUUUCCUGAGCCUCCUGUUUGAAUAUGAUUUCUUUCUCCCUUGAGAUCCUUUAACUGUUCAUCUUGUGGGACUUGCCUUGUGUGAUCAUGUGCCUGCUCCCUAUUUUCUCACCAUUAGAUGACCUUGGAGGAUAGGGCUACGGUUUACUUCUCUCUCAUUCUCUGAAGCCUAGCACAGUUCCUGGCACACAAUUGGUGUUCAACAAAUAUUUCUGUUCAUUCAACAAAUAUUUGCUUGGUUUGUUGGAGGGACUCCCCCAGCCUUUCUAGGUGAGCUUGGCCAAACUUCUGAACCCACCCUCCUACCUCACAAGUUUUUCGUGAGUCAUAAAUGGAUAAUGAAUACGAAAGCGCAUUAGAAAUAAACAUAAAGUGUUACCA